AUGGCUUUUGUAUAUCAAGCAGAAAGAGAUAUUAACAAUGCAUCUGGAGCUUUGCCAUCUAAUGUAGGUCCUGGAAGUUACAUAGAAAAUAAAAAAUAUGAAGUUCGAGCUCAUGCUGCUCCAUUUAAUACACAAGUUGCAAGAAGCAAACCAUUAAAAAAAAGCAAUUCACCUGGUCCUGGCAGUUAUAAUGUUGAAUUUGUCACUGAAGGGUAUUAAUAAUUUUUAAUUGUGAGUUAACGAGUUGUUUUAUAAUCAGCACAAUCUGAAGUCAAAAUUGUAGAAUAAUAAAAACAACAAUCAGUUUUUAUGUCAUAAACAAAAAGAUUUUAGGAACCUAAAAUGUUGGAAACUCCAGGGUAUCAUUUUAAAUAUAUUUGAGUCCUGGUGCUUAUGAUUCUACAUAACAAAAGAAAAUGGUUUAAUAACAAUAUACAUCCUAAAAUUAUAUUGAUCAUCUAAUGAAACUAAAUAAAUAUUAAUCAAUACCAUCUAUUCNUAAAUUUUUCAUUUAAAAAGUAUUUUGUGAAAGAAUGAUGAAAAAUCCUUAAGUUUUAUUAUUAAACAAAGCAGUGUAAAUAAUUUAUUUAUUUAGAAAUUAAAUCAAUGCAGAAUUGGACGUAUUUGGAAUUUUGGAUAAAUUGCAUGAGAUAGAUAAAUUAAAAGAAUUGCUAUUAAAAAAACCUUAAUAAAUUAUAUUUAAUUUUACUCCUAAACCGUUGAUUACUUUAUAAGAAUCGAAAUCUUUACCUUCGAGAUAGCGAGCAUAAACAAUCAAAUCCUCAAAACAUUCUAGGUAAUUAAUCAAAUAAGUUGUAGAUCUUUCAAUAAGGUGGAAUCUUCUAUGAAGAUCUAAUUAGACUAAGUAAGUAAACAUGUAAUUGAAAACAAAGAUGACUUUAUCGAUCAAGAUACUCCAUAAUAUUUAUAUUCCAAGCUAUUUAAAGUAUGUAAUUUUAAACAAAUAGGCAUAUUAAAAACUGAUGACUUUAAUUGAAAACUAGCAUGAAGAUGCUUAUUUAAACAAUCAAUUAAUUAGAAAAUUAGGCCCUUAAAUCUAAAAUAUUUUUGAAGUUUCCUGGCUUUUGAUGUAAUAAACAAAAGCAUCUAAAGAAAUUGAUGUAAAUGAUAGAGCUAAAAAGCUAAUAUCGUCUAAAUUUAGCAGAUUCAAAAACCAAAUCUAACAAGAGCAAGAAUCAAAUGGAGAAGUUGAUCCACAAGAUAUUGAAAUAUAGUUUAGUCCAAAAACAUCCUAAAAUUAAACCAUUUUGAGACGAGUUAUUGGAAAAAGAAAUUCGAACGAAUUUUGA